UAGAAAGGCAGAGUCGCAUCAGCUGCAGUGACACACAACAAAUCCUUCACAUUGUUAUCACCUGCACAAUGAGAGAAAUUGUACAUAUUCAGGCCGGACAGUGCGGUAACCAGAUUGGUGCCAAGUUUUGGGAGGUGAUCAGUGAUGAACACGGGAUUGACCCCACUGGCAGUUACCAAGGAGACAGUGAUCUGCAGCUGGAGAGGAUAAGUGUGUAUUACAAUGAGGCAUCUGGAAACAAAUUUGUCCCUCGUGCCAUACUGGUGGACCUGGAGCCUGGCACCAUGGACUCUGUCCGCUCAGGCCCGUUUGGACAAAUCUUCAGGCCAGAUAAUUUUGUAUUUGGUCAAAGCGGAGCUGGAAACAAUUGGGCCAAAGGCCACUACACAGAGGGUGCCGAGCUGGUUGACUCGGUGCUGGAUGUAGUAAGGAAGGAGUCUGAGAACUGCGACUGCCUGCAAGGUUUCCAACUCACGCACUCCCUGGGCGGAGGCACUGGCUCUGGCAUGGGCACACUUCUCAUUAGCAAGAUCCGUGAGGAGUACCCUGACCGGAUCAUGAACACCUUCAGUGUCAUGCCUUCACCCAAAGUGUCCGACACCGUGGUGGAGCCCUACAAUGCUACGCUGUCUGUGCAUCAGCUGGUGGAGAACACCGACGAGACCUUCUGCAUCGACAACGAAGCACUCUACGACAUAUGCUUCCGCACCCUCAAACUCACGACUCCUACUUACGGCGACCUCAACCACCUUGUCUCGGCAACCAUGAGUGGGGUCACCACCUGCUUGCGAUUCCCGGGUCAACUUAAUGCUGACCUUCGCAAGCUGGCAGUCAACAUGGUACCUUUCCCACGCCUCCACUUCUUCAUGCCUGGCUUUGCCCCCUUGACAAGCCGUGGAAGCCAACAGUACCGUGCUCUUUCCGUGCCAGAGCUAACCCAGCAGAUGUUUGACGCCAAGAACAUGAUGGCGGCCUGCGACCCACGCCAUGGCCGCUACCUCACCGUGGCGGCUAUCUUUCGUGGCCGCAUGUCCAUGAGGGAGGUGGACGAGCAGAUGCUGAGCAUUCAGAACAAGAACAGCAGCUAUUUUGUGGAAUGGAUCCCAAACAAUGUCAAGACGGCAGUUUGCGACAUCCCACCUCGCGGUCUCAAAAUGUCCGCCACGUUCAUUGGCAACAGCACGGCCAUUCAAGAGCUGUUCCGCAGGAUUUCUGAGCAGUUUACCGCCAUGUUCAGACGCAAGGCUUUCCUGCACUGGUACACCGGAGAGGGAAUGGAUGAAAUGGAGUUCACAGAGGCUGAGAGCAAUAUGAAUGACCUGGUGUCCGAGUAUCAGCAGUACCAAGACGCAACAGCGGAUGAAAUUGGAGAGUACGAGGAAGACGAUCUUGAUGAGGAGGAUGUUCGUCAAGAAGCUCGCCACUGAAAUAGCUCCCCAAAAAGCUCAUAGCUGCAUAGUUUAAAAUUAUUUUCGAAACCAUGGCUUUUAGGUUUUCUGAAAAUGCCAUAGCAAUGCAAACAGUGCUGUUUCUUAAUAUUUCAAAAGGUGUGCAAUUGAAGUUGGGAAAGGUAUGAAUAAACAGUCAUUCAGUCAACGUCAGCAACAGUUUUGGGGGGUAUAGGGUUCUCUUACAAAGUGUUUUGUAACAUUUAUUUCACAUGCCAACUGCAGUUUGAAGUAUGACAAUAAAAUUAGUCUAAAAUAAUUA